UCUAACUGUCAGUGUUGUGCAGUCAGUGCUCAGUAGUGUCAACAACAAGAGAAAAAAGUUGUUUUCAGAAGAAUUCUUAAACUGGACUGCUGAUUAAACUGGAAAACUAUUUCUAGCAACAUCUAGCAAAUUCUUUGAAUCAUGACAGCAGAAGAAACCCUUCGGAGGCCGAGUAUACCUGCCAAGUCGUCAAAGAAUCUGGACCAUUUGUCAAAUUUCAGCUAGAGUGGCACUUGCCAAAGCACAGUACAAAUCGCAUGCAUGAUAUACUCAACAAGCCAGGAGCUAUCAACACCCUUCACCUGACAAUCCCAAAGUUACAGGAGUCUGAUAGUGGAAAGUACCGUUGUGUUGCCAGAGGUCUAUUACUACCAUCAAAAUUUUUAAAAUGAUUUCAUCCGUUUCCAAAAAUACUCUUCAUCUUUCAUCAGCACAGAGACUUUGGUUACCGAGACUUUUUGUUGGGAAAUCAUUUGUUAGAUUUUUGGGUGGACCAUCUAUUAUUCAAAAACCUAUUGCUCAGCCAAUUAAUUUGGCAAAUGAACCUAUUUUAGGUUAUUUGAAAAGCAGCGAAGAAAGAGUUGCCUUGGAAAAUGCAUUACAACAUAGGCAAUCUGCUGUUGAAGAAAUUCCAAUUGUUAUUGAUGGCAAAGAAUAUUGGACUGAUGAUGUUCAUUUAUCAGACAAUGCCCUCUAACCAUCAGAAAAAGAUCGCGAUAUUCUGCUAUGGUUCUCCCGUAUUUUACUUUUUUUUUAAAAGGGGUUAUUUUUGUUUCUUAAUUUUUUAUUUCCAUGGAAUUAGGAACUACUACAAAAAGCUUUUGGCGUUUCAUUGAAAGCCAGAAGCGCGUGGGAGAAGGUUCCUUUGAAUAAAAAAGUUUAUAUUUUUUUUAAAGCAGGAGAUUUGGUUUCCACAAAAUAUCGUAGUCAACUCGAUGCAUCUACCAUGC